AUGUGCGUGAACCUGAAAUUGAAGGAGAAACGGUUGGCUAGUGAUGGAAAAGCUAACAUCUUGGCUCUUGGCAAGGCAUUUCCUAACCAGCUUGUUAUGCAGGAUUUGCUUGUUGAUGGCUAUUUUAAAGACACCAACUGUGAUGAUCCUGAACUCAAGCGGAAACUGACUCGACUAUGUAAAACUACAACAGUGAAAACAAGAUAUGUGGUUAUGUCACAAGAGAUACUUAAGAAGUACCCUGAGUUAGCACUUGAAGGCCUGCCAACAGUCACACAACGACUUGACAUUUGCAACAAGGCUGUCACACAAAUGGCCAUUGAAGCCUCAGAAGCUUGCAUAAAAAAAUGGGGUCGGCCCGUAUCUGACAUCACCCACUUGGUCUAUGUAUCCUCUAGUGAAGCCCGUUUCCCAGGAGGUGACAUUUACUUAGCCAAAGGGAUUGGGCUAAGCCCAGACACUAACCGUGUCAUGCUUUACUUCUCGGGCUGCUCAGGAGGAGUAGCUGGGCUUCGUGUUGCUAAAGAUAUAGCUGAAAACAAUCCGGGAAGCAGAGUCUUGUUAGCAACCUCGGAAACCACUAUUAUUGGGUACAAACCACCGAAUGUCAACCGGCCUUAUGACUUAGUUGGGGUUGCACUUUUUGGAGAUGGCGCUGGUGCAAUGAUAAUCGGGUCAAAACCUACUAGGCUUGAAAGGCCAUUGUUUGAGUUGCAAACCGCCAUACAAAAUUUCUUGCCCGACACUGAAAAAGUCAUUGAUGGGAGGUUAACUGAAGAAGGAAUAAGCUUCAGGUUAGAUAGAGAGCUUCCUGAGAUCAUUGAGAACAAUGUGAAGGGAUUCUGUGACAAGUUGUUGGGCCAUUUUGGGUGUGAUGAUAUUGCCUACAAUGACUUCUUUUGGGCCGUGCACCCUGGUGGACCAGCCAUAUUGAAUAGAAUAGAGAAAAAGUUUGACUUAUGGCCUGAAAAAUUAAAUGCAAGUAGAAGAGCACUGGCAGAUUAUGGAAAUGCAAGUAGUAAUACAAUUGUGUAUGUGCUGGAAUACUUGAUAGAAGAAAGUUUGAAGAGGAAGAAUGAAGGACAAGACUGUGGGCAUGAGUUGGGUCUGAUUUUGGCUUUUGGGCCUGGGGUUACAUUUGAAGGCAUUCUUACAAAGAACCUGAUUGUGUGA